ACCUUUCUCAGUUGGAAUUUGGACUUUCACUACUUUCACAACCUUCAUUUAGUUAUUUUCUGUUAUUAGUUUUUGACUUGUUGCGCUACGAUGAUCAAUACGGGCAAAUUGGCUGGGAGGACUCUGUUUAUAACUGGAGCCUCGAGAGGAAUUGGAAAAGCAAUAGCUCUUAAAGCUGCUCGAGAUGGAGCAAAUAUUGUUGUAGCUGCAAAAACAGCUGAACCUCAUCCCAAAUUACCUGGAACAAUUUAUAGCGCAGCUGAGGAGAUUGAGAAAGCCGGUGGAAAAGCCCAUCCAUGCAUCGUUGAUGUCAGAGAUGAACACCAGAUUCGCCAAGCCAUACAAGAGGCCGUAGCCAAGUUUGGAGGCAUCGAUAUUUUGAUAAAUAAUGCCAGUGCCAUUUCUUUAACACCCACACUGAAUACGGAGAUGAAAAGGUAUGAUCUGAUGCACCAUAUAAACACACGGGGCACAUUUUUGACAUCGAAGGAGUGUCUUCCUUACCUAUUAAAGUCAAAUCAUGCCCAUAUCUUAAACAUCUCGCCCCCGUUGAACUUAAACCCCAAAUGGUUUGCUCCACAUGUGGCCUACACAAUGGCAAAGUACGGAAUGUCGAUGUGUGUUUUGGGAAUGGCUGAAGAGUUUCGGGAUAAGGGCGUUUCAGUUAAUGCGCUAUGGCCUCGUACGGCUAUACAUACGGCUGCUAUAGAAAUGUUAACAGGACCGGACAGUGCACAGUUCUCCCGCAAACCUGAAAUCAUGUCAGAUGCGGCUUAUGCAAUUUUGAUAAAAGAGCCUCGUAAUAAUGAAACUGGACGCUUCUAUAUUGAUGACGAAGUUCUCCAAGCUAAUGGCGUUACCGAUCUGAAGCAAUAUGCCUGUUACCCUGAGAAUUCAGAAAAGUUAAUGCCUGACUUUUUCCUGGAUGAUGUUAUUCCCGAAGCUGCAUCCGAUAAUACGGCAACGAGCAAAGAUGUCGAAUCUGGUGACAUUCCUAAUCUCUUCAAUAAAAUACAAACUCUGAUCUCUUCCGAAAUCGUGGGAAAAGUGCAGGCUGUAUACGAGUUCAAUAUUACUGGAGAUGAGAAGGGUACUUGGUUCCUAGAUUUGAAAAAUGGAUCGGGAUCAUGCGGUCGUGGCUCGGCUCCCGUACAACCAGACGCAGUCUUGACCAUGAAAUCAAAGAAUUUCACUGACAUGUUCGAGGGAAGACUAAAAGCGGCCCCUGCCUUUAUGAGUGGCAAGUUAAAGAUCAGUGGAGAUCUACAAAAGGCGAUGAAAUUGGAAAAACUCAUGAAAUCGUUAAAAUCUAGAUUAUAAGUUAAUAUUUAUCUUUUUAUGUAAACAUACUUUGUUUCAAUGCAUUUUGCCUUAUAUAUACAUAUAUACUGAAUACAUAUAUAAAGAAAUAACAUGUUAUGACUGUCAAUAAAUUUAUAAACAAAAAUACCAAUACCCAUUCGUUGAAUCAUAAAAUGAUCUUUGCCCCGCAUUCGAUCGCUGGUGUAGAGCAUUUCUCACUCACAUAUCAAUGAUCUAUAUUCUACUUGACGUAUACUUGCAAGCAAUGGAAUAAAUCACAAUCUUCAAAUUUUAA